CCAGUGACCAGAGAGGACUUCUUAAAGUAUUCCUGUCACUUCACUCUGGAUCCAAACACAGCACAUGGAGACCUCCAUCUGUCUGAGGGGAACAGGAGGGUGGAGAUGAGACGUGGAGGCCAGUCAUAUCCUGAUCAUCCAGACAGAUUUGAUUUGUGGUGGCAGGUGCUGUGUAGAGAGGGUGUGUCUGCACGCUGCUACUGGGAGGUUGAGUGGAGUGGAGCAUUGGUUGGUAUAGUAGUGUCAUAUAAAAGCAUCAGCAGGAAAGGAGGUGGUCAUGAGUGUCUGUUUGGACUUAAUGAUCAGUCCUGGGGGCUGGACCUCACCAGCUCCAGCUCCUAUUUCUAUCACAAUAACAAACAGACUGAACUCCCUCUAGUGGCCAGCUCCAGAAUAGGAGUGUAUGUGGAUCACAGGGCAGGAACUCUGGCCUUCUACAGCAUCUCUGGAGACACAAUGACCCUCCUGCACAGAGUCCACACCACAUUCACACACACACUCUACCCUGGGUUUGAUGUAUAUGGUGGUCCAUCAGUGAAGCUGUUGUGA